AUGAAUUUUAUUAUACGAUCAUUACGGAAAAGUUGCAUGAGCAGCUUUCGUAUAGAAAGUAUACAACGAACAGCAGCAAUUCCAUUUGUAGCGACAAGCAUCUUCUUGAUAGGACGUCGCUUGGCAACAUCUUCCACAUAG